UUCCGGAGGAAACAAACGAGGUAACAGCCCCUCCUGGCUCCCGGUCAGGGCAGGGCUCAUCUGCUCAAGGCCUGAGGUUCAUCUCCUCCCUCUGUUUCUUAAACCUUUCCCUCCUCUCGGACUCUCUCCUCGCUUGCUCUUCCUUCCCCGGCGGCGACGACUGGGCGAGCGGCAGGCGCCAUUUGUCCUGUCUUCGCCCAGCCCUUUGCCGGCGAUGAGCGCAUCCUCCAAGCCCCAGUCCAAGAAGAGGGGUCUCUCGUUGGAGGAGAAAAGGGAGCAAAUGCUUCAAAUAUUUUACGAGAGUCAAGACUUCUAUCUGCUUAAAGAACUAGAGAAAUUGGGUCCUAAAAAGGGAGUGAUCAGUCGGUCUGUGAAGGAUGUUGUGCAAAGCCUGGUGGAUGAUGAUCUUGUCUUGAAGGACAAAAUAGGGACUUCUGUGUACUUUUGGAGUCUUCCAAGUUGUGCUGGGAACCAGCUGAGGAAUACUUACAAUAAGCUGGAAUCUGAUCUCUCAAACUCUAAAAAGCGUUAUCUGGAGCUUGUUGAACAUAGAGACAACUUGAAAAGAGGCAGGGAAGACUCUGAAGAGAGAGAAUCAGCUCUGGAGGAGCUGAAGGCUGUAGAACUACACCAUAAGAAGCUCAAGGAAGAACUAGCUGCAUAUGCAGAUAGUGAUCCAGCUGCAGUAGAAGCAAUGAAGGAUGCUAUUGAUGUUGCUCAUUCAGCAGCUAACAGGUGGACAGACAACAUUUUCACUUUGCAACAAUGGUGUUCAACUACAUUUCCACAAGCAAAAGAGCUACUUGAACAUAUGUACAGGGAGGUGGGGAUAACUGAAGAUUUCGAGUAUCUGCCGUGAUGCCCAACAGCCUGUGCUAUUAAUAUUACGCCAUUGUAUGUAAUCAUCCUCGGUACAAACUGUUGAAUCCAGUGGAAGAACAAAUUGACCCAUGUUAGUGUUAUGUGAGCAGAUUGUGCAGUUACCUAACAGUAAAUGGUAUUUGCAUCCUAGACGUUUGUUACUGAAUGAAAUAUCAAAUGUUGUCAGCAGAGAAAUGACCUCAAGCAGGAUUGUCAUCUUUCCUUUCAGACAAACACAUUCAUGUAAGAGAAUUGCGAUCUGGUGAAGCAUGUCAAAACGUGGAACAAAUGGGGUCUGUGAUACGAA